AUGCUUAAUCUGAGGGCAGCACAGAGCCAGUUUACCCAUGAAGUGCGAGAGCCAGGGCUGUGGGUCUGGAGGGUGGAGAAGAUGAGGGCUGUGCUCCUUGACCCAUCGCAGAGGGGAACCUUCUACAAUGGAGAUGCAUAUAUUGUGCUCAGCAACCGUGGAAAGUAUGGAAGUGACCUGCACAUGUGGAUGGGUGAGAAGUCGUCCCGGGAUGAGCAGGGUGCUUGUGCCAUGCUUGCCACUCAACUGGCCAGCUUCUUGGGAGGAGAGCCAGUACAACAUCGACAGGUGCAAGGAUACGAGUCACCUGAGUUCAUGGGACUCUUCCCUAAAGGAGUCAGCUACAAGGAAGGCGGGGUGGAGUCUGGGUUCAAGAAUGCCAGGUCCAGGACUGGCCCAGUUACACAUCUGUACCAAGUCAAAGGAAAGAAAAACAUCCGUGCAAGAGAGGUGGAGCUCAGCUGGGGGAGCUUCAACAAGGGUGACUGUUUUAUACUGGACCUUGGAGAGACUAUAGUCGCAUGGAGUGGAUCCAAAGCCAAUAUGUUUGAGAAACAGAAGGUGCGUGAGAUAGCAAUGCUGAUCAGAGACACUGAAAGGAAUGGGAAAGCUCACAUCAUCGAUGUGACAGAGGGAGAGGAACCACUGGAGAUGGUUCAGGCACUUGGUCCAAUCCCAGCUCUGAAGGACAGUUCAACAGAAGAAGACGCUGAAGCAGACAUCACUAAUUCUGCUUCCCUUUACAAGGUGUCUAAUGCAACAGGCCAAAAGACCUUGACAAAACUGUGUGACAAAGGCCUUUUCAGUCAAGAGAUGCUGGAGAAAGAUGACUGCUUCAUCCUGGACAAUGGAUCUAAUGGGAAAAUCUAUGUUUGGAAAGGUAAUGGAGCCAAUGCAGAGGAGAAGAGAGUCGCCCUGAAGGUGGCAGAUGAGUUUAUUACAGAAAUGAACUAUCCCAGGAUGAGAACACAGGUGGAAAUUCUCCCUCAGGGCCGUGAGUCUGUCCUCUUUAAACAGUUCUUCAAGAGUUGGAGUUAAACACACACCAACAUUUAGGAUCUAUGUAGAAACUGAUGCUCAUUUUGCAUAAUCACA